AUGAGUUCAAAAAUGUCAAGUGAAGAAGAUUCUCUGCAAGAACCAAAAACCUUGACUCCUGGAGUAAAUAUUCCUCCAGAAGAUACAACUCAAAACCAUCCUCAUUAUCAUGCUAUGGCCAAUGCUGUGAAUGAUCGUCGUCAUUCCAUGUCUAAUAAAAUUCAUAAAGGGUUCUCAUUCUUUAGUCGUCGAUUCGCUACCCAAAGAAAGAAAAUUGCAGCUCGUUUUGCUUUGAAUUAUCUCAUUAUGUCGGUGGGUAUCUUGGGGAUUUUCUCUAUUUAUUGGGGUUCAUUUUAUAAAAUUGAUGGUAGAGUUAAAAAUAUGAAUAAUUUGGUUGUUAUAGAAGAUGUUGAUACCAUUGAUGGAAUCCCACCACUUUUUGGUACUACUUUAAAUGAGGUUGUGAGUUCACCAGAAGGUAGAUAUAGAGGUAACUGGCAUAUUUACAACAUUACUGCUUUCAGAGAAAUGGCCGAAUCAAAUAAUCUUACUGUUUUUGAUCAAAUUGCAAAAUUGAUUCAUGAUGAAAAGUAUUGGACAUCACUUUACAUUCCACCUAAUGCUACUUACAACUAUUACACGGCCAUCACAGAAGGUAAUGGAGAUUUCAACCUUUCUGGAAACGGUGUGAUUUCAAUCUAUGAAAGUGCCAGACACUCAUUUGGUAUGAGUAUUUGGGGGCUUCCUUCCCUUCAAGCGGUUGAGGGUCUUUGGCUAAGUGCUCAAUCAAAAAUGGUUGGUGGUAUAUUUGGUAACACGACUUUAACAUCACAAACUCAAAUAGAACUACUUGGUACUCCCUUACAAUUCAGAAGACUUGAUAAUGUUCAAUAUAACUUGGCCAUUUAUGUUGGUCCAUUCCACGAUGGUAUCAUUUAUUUGACCAUUUUAUCAAUUAUGAAUUUGGAUUUCUUUGGUCCAUUAAACAUGGCUGUUGCCAGACUGGGAAUUAAACGUUCACAUUUCUUAAUCUUUAGAUACCUUUCUUCUGUGAUUUCAUUUUUCAUUAUGAGUUUAUGUGCAUGUUUGGUCACAUUAGCCUUCCAAGUCCCAUUUACAAACUCUUAUGGUAGAGGUGGUUUUAUGGUUUAUUGGAUGAUUACAUUCUUGGAUAUGUGGGCUCUUGGUGCUAUCAAUGAACUUGUGGGUAUGUUUAUUCUUACAAUUUAUCCACCAUUGCUUCAAUUCUGGGUUCUUUUCAUUAUUAUUGCUAAUAUUACUCCAACAUUCACACCAAUUGGUCUUCUUCCCAAAUUCUUCCGUUAUGGUUAUGCCAUGCCUUCACACAAUUACUACGAAGCAAUUAAAACAAUUUUCUUUAGAACUACAAGAAGACAAUUGGGUAGAAACAUUGGUAUUUUGGUUGCAUGGUUUAGUACAUUAUCAAUCGCUUUCCCUUGUAUGACAAUUUACUACCUUAAUGCCAUGGAUAAGAAAGAGAAGAAACAAGUUUGUAAAGUAAUUGAUGAAGAGAAAAAGGGACCUGAAGAAUGCGAACCUUAG